CAACAAUAACAGUGACAGGUAUCAGUCGCCCUUAACAACAAUAACAGUCUUAACAACAAUAACAGUCAAGGUGGUACAUUGUUACCUCUCCUCUUUAACAACCUCUGUAAUACAAGGCAAUAUUACGUCCAGUUCUACUGAUUGUCGACCACAGGCAAAAACCACGUUUCACUGUUUGAUCAAUAACCACAAGGAAUAUCACGUCCAGUCUCUCUGUUUGAACACUGGCAACAGGCAACAUCACUCCAGUCCCACUGUUGACUGCUGAAGAAAUUCGAGUACCACUGACAGCUCAUCAAUGAUGGAUGACAGCAAGCCAGAGGAGUGUAAAGUGUGUUUUAUCAAUUAUGAUGAAGAACUACAACGACCACGCACUCUGCCGUGUGGCCACACAUUCUGCUCACAAUGUAUUAAAGAUUCAGUAAAGAAUGUUCAACUCAUCUGUCCGAGCUGCCGUGCUGUGCACAGUGCUACAGCUGCUACUCAGUUCCCGAUCAAUUAUGGUAUGGAGGCUCUCAUAAAGAAAUUCAGGAAUAUGCAGGUCGCAUCAGUGGGAUCCGAAUCACCAAAAUCUGGUCAAGACCACAUAAGAGGCAUCGGCAAGAAGUUACAGUCUGUGGUACAGGAACAGAAGAGCAGUAUCAGUAACCUUAUAAGUGAGUGUGAAGAAGUACUGUCCCAGCUGGGCAAGUACCAGGGGCAGGUGAGGGACUGGAAGACCCAGCACCACCAACUGCAGGACAAACUCUAUGAUCUGGUGGAGCAGAACAAGGUAGCACUAGAACUCCUGAAACAGGAGGAUACCAGUGUGGUGAAUAUGUCAACAGAAGGAGGGGCAGGAAAGAAGCAGCUGCAGACCAUGCUGGAGUGUCUUGAUGCAGUCACCACUAUACAGGAGGUUGACACAACUUGUGAUGAAGCAGAUCAGUACAGCGUGCAGGCUGAAGAUUGGAUCAGGAAGUGCCAGGAACUCUUCCCAAAUUUCAUCAUUGCUGGCACCUCAGUGAAGUUGCAGGAAAACAUCAAGAAAGCCCUGGACAUGAUGACCAGAGAGACAGUUACCACAGAUGUCCCUGUCCUCCUGAAAUACUCUGACUUCACCAUCAUGGAGAAAGUUGAGAAAAUUACUGGUGACAUCCCUCUGAAGUUAACUGUAAGUUGAAAGUCCUUGUGAAUUUCUUUUUCAUGUAAGACAGUAUUAUUCUUGUUAGCAUGAUAACCUGUGAUUUCCAUUGUUAAAAAUUAUCUACUCUGUUAUACCCUUA